GCCAUCUUUGCGGAAACACUUCGACCUUUGAUAGUGAUAUUUAUGACACUGUAUGCGAAAGUGUAUUCACAAUUUUUGGAGCUGUCAUGGAACAUGAAUAUUAAUAUGCUGCCACAGUAUUUAUAAAUUAUACAUCCUUGAAAUUUACAGCAGAAUGUUUUUCUUCAAAUGUUUGUCUUGCUAUGUAUGGAUUCCAAACGCCUACUUUCAUUUUAUAUUUAUUUUCAUAUCAACUUCCCAAGGAAAUAUCACUUCUGAGCAUCCUUAAUGAUUCCUCCUAAUAUUUUUUAUUCUGAUAAUUUUUAUGGCGACACUGGCGCCUAAAAAUUGUAGUUGAUGCCUAUACAGGGGAUUUAGAUUCUAGGGCAGGAAGUAUGAACAAAAAAAACGUUUCUAUAAUGUCUCAUUACAAAAUGCAUGGUGUUGUAGUGUGUUGAGUGACUAAUUACAAAACAUGAAGGACUAAUUUCCUAAUACACUUUUCAAGGUUAAACUUCAAUAACUUCAGCUUAUUGUGAAACUGAAAAAGGCUGAAGUUUCUCAUACAUAUUUUACCUAUAUUAAUCAUGCAAAUUGUACUCCAGAAGAGCCUGACAAAAGAUUCUCAAAAGAGGCAGUUACAUAGAAUUAAAUACCUGAAUAUGAUGUGUCAAUAGAUUUUUCCUGAUAGCACAAUAAAUCUUCAUUGUUUAGUCCCUUAUUUGUCACAUGGAAUAUCGGCAAGGAUAAACGUCUCAGGGGUUGUAUAGGCACCUUUAACGCAAUGAACCUACAGUCCGGGUUGAGAGAGUAUGCCAUCACGAGUGCAAUCAAAGAUUCUAGGUUCAGCCCCAUCACUAGGGAUGAGUUCCCUAAGUUGAGUGUUUCAGUAUCAAUAUUGAGGCACUUUGAGGAUGGGAGUGAUUACCUAGACUGGCAGGUUGGUGUUCAUGGGAUCAGGAUAGAGUUUAUCAAUGAGAAAGGGAACAAACGGACAGCUACUUACUUACCUGAGGUUGCAUCUGAACAAGGGUGGGAUCAGCAACAAACCAUAGACUCUCUACUGAGAAAGGGCGGUUACAAGUCCCCGAUAAGUGGUGAUGUGCGCCGUACGAUAAAACUGACUCGUUACCAAAGCGAGAAGAUAACAGUGAAUUACCAGGAGUACAUGAACCACUGGAACAAUCAGCAACAGCAGCGUUGCUAGCAGCUAAUGUGGGGGCGGUCGCCGCCUCCACACUUGGCAGUCUACCAACCGCCGUUCGUAAUGGUUCAGCCAAUCCCUGCCCCCGUUCAGCCGCCCCCUGUAUGGUGGGAUCCCGCUUAUCCAUCGCCUUGCACCUCCUACCAAAGGGAUUUUCCACUUUUGCCGCCCCCAGAAGCCCAUGGCUACCAGACCUUUUGCCAUCGCAGACAAAAGUGACCUAUCGUGUGUUUAAGACGGUUUUGCUACUGCGCUAAGUUGUGACGUUAUCGGAAGAUUGUGUCCUAGACUAAACUGCAUCCAAGGAUAGAUUGAACAUUAUCCGUGAAACAUGGCCUUUGAAAUGAAAGUCUCAUUAUGUCGGGUCACCAAUGCGAGAAAUUGUUUGUAUUAUUUCAUAACACCCCCAUGCGCAAAUACAACCAGAGUAAAAACAUCUUAACCUAACCUAGCUGGACAACAUUCAAUCUUGACAGCUCGAUGUAUGCAUGCGCAUGCGCUCUACUUCACGCGGAAUAUCUGAAACAGCAAAAAUCCUAAAGCAGCUGCACAGCGGUGACGGCUAGCGCAUGAUAUGUCAAAACGUUGCCAGUCGCUCAUCGCGCUGUUUUGGCGGUAGACGCAACAUUACGUUCUUGCAAAGCAUAUAAUUUUGAUGUAAGACAUAAUUGAACAAUUUUAACCCGCGUGGCAAGGUAUGCUUGUCAAAAGUGUGCUCAAUCUAUUCUUAAAUACAGUGUAAAGCAGAUUCUUAGGACCAUAUUGUCAGUCGUUCCUGCCUUUAUGGCCUUGAUUUUCAUACCUUUCUACUGUUACAUGUCAACGGUCUAUUUUGAGGUUAUGUCACAAAUAUGUUUGCAUUAAAUCGUUCAUGCUUUCAGUAUAUAUCAUCUGUUUUAUCAGCCUGAAAUUACCCACAAAAAAAAAACUUAACCUCACAAUAAUAGUGCGCUGACGUUGACACAAAACGGAAGACAUCUAGAAAUACCCCGCUCCUUGUGAAGGAGAGAAAAGACUAUGAAAAUCAAGGAGGCCAUAAAGGCGACUGUCAAUUCGGCCCUUAGAAAAUUAGUCUGGGACAUGAGGACGUUGAACCAGCGUGCAAUAAUAUGCAAAUACGAAAUAAAUAGUUCAUUACAUACUUAGUUUGAGAAAUGAGCCAUUACUGCGCAAGCCCUUUUAUAAACUGAAGUGCGUAGCGCUGAAGAAGGUAAUGUAUAGAAUUUUGCACUACUAAGAGUGACUUUCCAUUUGCAACUGGCUGACUUACCAUACAAGUGGGAAAAGUGAUUCUUAUCAGAUUUUAAAAUUUAUAGUAAAGAACACCAUCUCACAUGCAACGGAUGAUCUGGAAGUCUGAUUUCAGUGUUUGUCAAUCCCAAGAGAUUACAUAAACUAACCAACAAUCACCUCCUAUCAAUUACGUAAGAAAUGAUACAAAAUUCUUACAUAGCAUCAACAAAUUCUUACCUGAUGUCACUUUUCGCAAUUGCACGAAACCAUUGCCGGGUGCGGGUGAGAAAGUCAGGAAUCUUACCUCAAUUCAACAAAUGGAACCUACUGACAUGUGAGGCGACUUGCAGCGAGAUGAGAUUAUCUCAACAUAUUCGAUUUUAUAUCAUGAUCAUGACGUUUCCAAUUCAUUCUACCGAUAUUUUAAAAUAUCUAGUUGCCUGGUGUCAAACUGACAAAUUAAUGAGAGAGACUGGUUCAUCCAAGGAAAGUAAGGUAGAGUUGGUAUACUUGACAUUACUUAUUUCUGUUUCCAAGAAGUAUAUUUAAAUGACAUUAUUUACCUAGUUGUUUUUUGUUUUCACUACUUUAUCUAUGGCGAGAAAUGGUAUUUUUCAAUAGCACAUUUAUUAAAUAAUCUUAUGACAGGACCAUAAUGUACUGAUUUACUGUUCUGAAAUAAAAAUAGAAUCAAAACCACAUAUAUGUUUAGUUUUCUGUUUGUAAAUAAUGACAAGAAGUAUUGCGGAAACUUGGAAAACAAAGGAUAAUCAUGGGCUCUCAUUUUAAAGACAAAACGUACAUUGUCAUAGAAUUGUCAUUUGUACUUUGAAAGACUACUGUUGCACCAAGUUAGUUUUUAGUUUGUCUUCUUUUUUAAUUUGCAUAAACGUUUGGCAUUGAAUUAUUGCAAACUGGUUCCUAUAGUAUACAUCUUGAUGGUGAAUACUUGUAGUAUAUGUUAAAUGUUGAGAGAGAUAGUGAAAUGCUUUUCUCUGUCUUCUUAGUGAUAUAAGUGGAUUUUUGAGGGAUUAGCAAUGCGAUUAAUUUAAAAAAGUAAAUGUGGUUCCAGAGUGGAAAUUUUGUUUAGUAAAGGUUAUUUUGUCGGGAAUAUCCUAGAAAUUUAGAUAGCAUUUCGCUAUUCUCUCCAAUAUUGCAUUGUGACUAUUCAGAGAUUAAUUUUCUCCAAAUAAGACGAAAUACGAAAAUUUAUGGGGGUAGCUGAUUGGUCAUUUAUAUUUUUUACACAACUCGUCGUCGGUUAAGAAUUGUUGAUAGAAUUUAGUAUGUUGUUUUGUCACUUAUGUGCCUAAACAUCGCACAAGGACAGAGUCUAUUUAUUGUAAGAUAAAAAGGAGCCUACUUAGUCCAGUCCAUAAGAACUGAAUUACUGCUUUUUAUAAAAACUCAGAUACCAAUACUGGCCUAUUACAAUAGUUGCUUUGGGCACUGGUAUCAUGCCUCCAAAUGGAGGUAAGUGGUUAGUGAAGUUACGUAAAAUGUCAAGUGUCAUUCUAAGCAAGGUUGUCAGAUCUACACAGUUUAUUUUACUCCAUAUCAAAAAGCUUCACUAACUCGCUUGGAAAAAUGAUGUGAAAUUCAAAACACUCUGUGAAAAAUCGUCUAGUAGGUGGACUUAUUGACUGGGCUAAAGGCAUGAAGCACAGAUGCUUUCUGAAGGUUGUGUUCUCUGUUCGAAACUCUUAAUGAUUUUUAGAUAUUUCUCAUUGAAAAUGCGACUGCUCAUAUGCACAUUAAAAUAAAAAUAUGAUUGGUCCUCCACCAUUUGAAGCUACUGAAAGUAACAAGGCAAUGCGGCUACUCUAGAUUCCUUGAAGAUUUUUCCAAUAACAUUAACAGUUGCAAAAUGUAUUUUUCAAAAACAUUUUUUGCCUAUUAGCAGUCGCUAUUUUAGUGUCAUCAUCUUGAUAUUAGACUGAAUGUUGUACUGCUAUAACAUUUUGGCCUUGAGUUUGAGAUGAUGCACGUAUAUUGUAUCAAAUGUCCAAAAAAAAAAAACUUUAUUAUAAAUACUAGCUCAGGUACGAAUGAAUCAAGAGCAUUAGAGUCUAGCUUUGAAGUAGUGUGCUUGAAUUAUGACACUUUUUUGGAUGUUACAGAAAAAUUUACAGUUUUUACAAAAAUAGCACUUUUUUGUAACAUUGUUUUCUAGUUGUGCAACAAGACAUUCCCUUAAGAUCAUGGAAAUUAAAUCACUUGUUCCCUUUGAUAAUUUUCUUGAUAUUGACAAUAAUGAAUUGGCACACAUUUUGUCAUAUUGCAGAUUUUUUUUGUUUUCAUCAGUAUGUUUGAAAUUUUAUAUUAGUUAUAGGUUACUUAAGCUUAUUCAUAACUACACUUUUGAGUGAUAGUUAAAUAGAUUAACUAUAAUAGUCAUCUAAUAGCUUCAAUCACAUUUUGAAUCUGUAUCAAUGUUGGAGAUACUAGAAGCAUUUUGUUUUCAGUGUCGUUGCUAUAGAUCAUAUGAAAUAUCAUAAGCUAAAAUAAGUGAACAUGAAACAUUCAGGGGUUCUGUGAACAUGUCAAAUAUGUCACUGCCCAAGUGUAUCUGUCAAUCAUUGAUUGAUAUGAGAGAGAAAAAGACAUCCUAACUGUAAUAAUUUCAAAAGGCUCUUAAUACUAUUCCAUCUCAGAACAAGACUUAAUAACAAAGCAUUUGACGACUUUUUUUAACAUUUAGCUGCAAAAAUAUUGGUUUUGCAAAAUAUCCUCUAAGUGACAAGGAAGUAAAAAACAGUGUCACUCAUUUCCGUUGAUCUUUGUAAUUUUCAGAAAUCUGCAGCAAAACCUUUGAUCCAUUUUUUCUUAUUCAUAGUCUAGUGUCCAUGUCGCACCUCCAAUUCAAUAACUGCAAUAUCAAACUGCCAAUAUGGUUAUAUUGAAUUUAUGACCAUACUGAAACAGCAGUUGUGGCAGUAUUAAAUUGACAGUACGAUAUAUUUGGUGCAUGAAAAGCGCAAAAUUUCAAACAUACUGAUUUUUGACGAAGAAUUUUGGAUUUUUUUUGCUAUUCUGUGUCAGCAGCAAGGUUGCUAUGUUAUAUCAUUGUUUAAACUAAUUACUUAAUUAUAUACAUAAGAAUUUAAAUCUAUGUACAUACAUGUUCAUGUAAGUUAGAUUUUGUUUUUCAUUUUCUGUAUUGUAGUUGGUUAUGCAUAUGCGUUUUUAUUUUGAGCAUAAUGCAGCAUUAAAGAAAAAAACGUUUGAAGGUGAGAUAAUUUUUGUAAGUGUUUUAGAUAAGCAUCAUUUUUAUGGAGGAUAAAAGAUUUAAGGACUG